CACCGCCCAGAAAAGGAGGAGUGGCUCCUGUUUGUUUAUUUUCCUGCAGAAAUGGCAUCUCUUCUUGAUUCACGCCCUAGUUUGCAAGAGCUAAUGAAGAAAGUGUGUCUACCUGCUGACUGGUAUGCCAUCGGUGUGUUGUUAGGUUUAGAUUCACAAAGACUCAAUGCAAUCCGAAAACUCUCAGUCAGUGAAGAUGACAAAACUAGUCUGAUGUAUCAGUUGUAGCUGGAUUCUAAAACAGAAGAAGCAACUAGGAGAGAGCUUGUAGAAGUACUAGAAGAUAUGGGCUUUAGAAAACAAGCUAUUGAUUACCAAAAGUAUCUUGAACAAAGCAUUGAAAAGACUAUAUCAAGACCACCACCAGAAGGAAUCCCUAUUGUUACUCCCCAAGAACCUACAGCUGAAAGUAUAUUAUUACAACCACGUAUAUAUAUAAUAGCAGUUAUAACAAUGGCAGUUUUAGUAUUAAUAAUUGUACUUUUGCUACCUCCUGAUUCACAUACACCAAUACCAGGAGUGAUUGAACUCUAUGGGUCAGAGCUACGUGAGAAAUACAUUGAGACUUUAACUAAAUAUAAAGACCCAAAAUAUAAUAAAUAUCCUACAGCCGGUCCAGUUUCUGUCCAUGUUCCAUUCAUACCCUUAAUAUCUAUUGUACUUAAAAAUGUCAACAAACCAACUGCUGGAUGGUUACAGAGUAAAACUCCUAAGGAUAUUUUUCGAAAUGAGGAAGUCAUGAAAAUUCAAAUUGAGGAUAUAUUAAAGCCAGUUUCAAAGAAACGAUUAAAGUUUGUACUAAUUGAAGGAGAGCCUGGCAUAGGAAAGAGUACAUUAGCUAAAGAGCUAGCAUUACGAUGGGCUAAAGGAUAUGAUGCAUUAUUAAACAAUUAUGACAUAGUGUUUCUUAUUCAGCUGCGCUUUGAAACUUACCACAAAGCUACAAGUGUGGAAGAUCUUUUAGUUGACUUGGAUGAUCAAAGUAUUAAUAUGACAGACUUACAUGUAGAAAUUAGAAAAAGAAAAGGAGCAGGUAUCCUGUGGAUAUUAGAUGGCUUUGAUGAGCUUCCAAGUCAUUUGAAAAACAAUUCAUCAGUGCUUAUGAAACUUAUAAAAGGUGACAUUCUUCCAAAGUCAACAGUCAUUGUCACCAGCAGACCUGUUGCUAGUGAUUUAUUGCUUCAUUUUUUACAUGAUCACAACUCAAAACGUAUCAGUCUUAGAGGGUUUGAUUCGACUAAGAUAGAGGAAUAUGCUUCAAAAUAUUUUAAUGACAAAGACAAAGCUUCAAAGUUUCAUUCUUAUUACAGUAGUAAUCUUAUGAUUGAGAGCAUGCUUUGUAAUCCACUGCACUGUUUCAUAGUGUGUACAAUAUUCAAUGACUUUAUAGCCACUAAUAAUGAACAGUAUCCAAGAACAAUGACAUCACUCUACAAUCAUUACGUUCGUAUCUUACUCAAGAGGCACCUCAUUGAUGCAGGACUCAUAUCAGAUCUAGACUAUGAUAUGCCUCAAAAUUUGAUGCUUGAAACUGAUUUCAAUGAUCCUUUACUACAGAAUGUUUGGAAAAACUUCUCCCUUCUGUCCAAGAUAGCCUAUGAUGGUGUGAUGAAUCAGCAAUAUACUUUUGGAAAGGAGCUUUGCAAUGUCACUAAACUCAGUAUGAUGGAUACAAUUGUUAAUUUCUUUGUUUUUGAAAAAUAUGAGUCCAGUAGCUUUUUACACACAACACUACAAGAAUACUUUGCUGCAGUUUAUCUUGCUAAUAACAAGCAAGAUAUUGAAAUUAGGCACAUUCCAAGCCUUAAAGUUAUUUUUAUUUUUUACGUUGGAAUCCGCAAAAUAAUGGGUGCCAGAGAUAUGGAUUAUGUAGUAUUACAUAUUUUAAAGCAAAACAUUUCUCAAUAUACAGAAAAUGGUGAUAAAUAUGUGGACAUUGGCAGUGUAUUGCUAGGGUGUCUCUAUGAAGAUGAUUCACUACUAUACAACAUAGGCUUACCUGUUAAUCAUUCGUUGUACUCAGGCUCACCCAACACAAAUUUUGAUUAUUAUAUCUUAGGCUAUCUUGUUGCCGUUCACAAAAGCACCUAUAGGAUUGGAUUCUCAAAUUCAGAUCAAAUAAAAGCAUUCAACAAAGGACUUCAAUCUCAUUCUACUGUUAGUGGGAAACUAUUAUUACGAUUUCUAAUCAAAGGCUUUGAUGAGAGGCACAAAGGAUUUAAAGAGCUACUACUUAUGCCUAGUCAUUUAGUAAUUGAAAUCUUGAUUCUUCCAUCAAAUUAUUCUGAAAUUUCUGAAUUUUGUGGUAUAAUUUCUAGAUUUCCAUUAUUACAAGAGGUUUUACUUGUUACUCCUGCUUUGCAAUGGCCUUCAGAAAACCCUCUGCUAAAACUCGUUACUCCUGCUUUGCAAUGGUCUUCAGAAAACCCUCUUAUAAAACUUGUUACUCCUGCUUUGCAAUGGUCUUCAGAAAACCCUCUUUUAAAACUCAAAAAGCUAAAUAUACUAAGUAUAUUAGCUAUUAAUCUAGAUGAAAAUGAUUUCGCAAGGCUUAAGCUUGGACAACUUGUUACUCCUGGUAGGCCACUGAAGAAAUUGUAUGUGGAAAAUUAUUGCAUACCAUAUAAUGAUAUUCUAAACUUAAUUAAAAUGCAGACAUCUCUGGAAGAACUGGUAAUUCAAGACAGAGUUGAUACACAUGGUACUCUAACUUACAGUUCAGUUUGGAACCUGGAACUAUCAGGACGACAACACAUCCAAUGGACUAAAAGCACUAAUAAUCUAAUGGUUCAUUAUUAUGAAAAGUUCUUCUAUCAUCUAAAGAAAAGAAAACUACCAACAAUACGACUGUCUUCUUUUACAUCAUUUACUUACAUUAAGAAUAGAAAUAGCGAUUAUUAUUUUAAGAGUGUGGACAUGUUGAGCACAUGGAAUAGCUGGACUGUGGUAAAUGUCACUGUAUACUCAAAAUCAACAACAUUUAAACUAAACCACUUCAUUGAUGCUUUCAGCGAGUGCAUUAUUUUAUUAAAGAAGUUACCAGUUGAAAGAAUUGACAAAACAAUAACAAAAAAAUUAAAAAAUAACUUUACAUGUCAGUUUGCUAAUGCCGAACAAGGUGGAUUUAUCAUAGGAUUACCCCAGCAUAAAUGCCACAAUACAGAAUAUGAUUCAGCUAUAAAUUUUAUUGUAAAAACAUUAUGCAUCCUGAUUCUCAUUACAGUUUUAUUGAAUAACAUAAAACAUCGUUAUAACCAGUGAUUUAGUAGAUCUAGUUUUUAUAGCUGUUGUCUGUUCAGUAAUAAAUAAUAUUUUGCUUGAUAUUUAAAGUUUACUAAUUUUUUUCUCAUUUAUGUACUUCCUGUUCUCUCUAUCGUAUUUCUAUUCUAUACAUAUUUUGACAUAAUAU